UAUCACUGUCCAAAUCUGAAAUGCCCAUCUCUGGCCUGCUAAAGCUGACUUUGGUGUCUGCACCUCUAACCAUCUUCCAUUUUCUAUAAAAAAUUCCUUAGAUCUUGUCUCUAUCUCUCACCAUAAUUUUAACAAUAAAUAAACUUCAAUUUUACUUAGAAUCUUUGUCGUAAAUUCACCAAAUCUCACUACUUUUACAUUAAACUACUCCUAUCUUAGAAAACUUACUCCUACACCAAACUGUACACUCUCUAAGUACACUCUACCAGUAUGAACACAAACAAGAGAACUGGUUCUUCAAGACAAGAAUCUCUUUUCUAAGACUACCUUUUUCACACUUUCACCUUUCUUCCUUAAUUCCAUCUCCAUUGUCACUUAAGAGUCAACAGAGACACUUCCUUUUUAAAACCCUUGUUUGAUUUUCACUUCUCUCUCUAAACAACUUUCUCUCUCUACAUACAAUGAGGCCUGUUAUAGGAAGGUACCCAUCAAGUGAUGGUGGCCAGCUUGGUGGGGUUAUUAGGAAAGACAGGAAAUGCAGAGAUGUGGCUUUUUUGGUUAUCUUUAUUGCUUUCUGGGUGGGAAUGAUUGUGAACUCUAGCUUUGGAUUCAACAAAGGAAAUCCACUUAGGUUAAAUUAUGGGUUGGAUUACAAGGGAAAUCUGUGCGGCGACAAGUAUGCCAAUCUAGAUCUCCAUGAACUGGAACUUAGAUAUUGGGUAAACCCAAAUCAGGUUUAUGAAAGUGGAAUGAAGAACAGUGUCUUCAAACUAGCAGAUGCCCGGAGUAUUUGUUUGUUAGAUUGUCCGAUUCCAGCCGAAGAUUCCCUUAACUGGGUCUGUGAUUAUCCCGAUGGAGAUAUUCAUCUCACCUUAGAUGAAUGGAUUGACAGAAAUUAUGAUUACUUCGAGUUCCUUACCCCAGAUAUGAAGAACAGUUCACUUCAACUUCAAGGGCCUUGUUACCCCGUCAUUUACCCUAGUGUUAAUGUUUUCUGGAGCUGCCAGUUUAUAGCUCGUCCGUCAAAUAUGUCUUUACGGCAUUGGCAACAGAUGGGAGGAGUAAACAUCAAUGAAGGCCUUGAAAUAGAUAAUUCAAUCCACAAAAUUAUCAACUCUCGAUCAUCUGUCUUGAAGAGAUACAUGGCUGAUAUUGGAAAGUCAUGGCCAGUACUCUUCAUUUGUGGUGGAAUCCUGCCACUUUUCUUGUCAGUAAUUUGGCUGCUGCUUAUUCGACAUUUUGUUUCUGGGAUGCCGUGGAUUACAGUCAUCCUUUUCAAUAUUCUUAUAAUAUCGGUUACUAUGUUCCUUUAUCUAAAAGCUGGAUGGAUGGGUAAUGACGCUGUUACACCAAUUAUCGGGGAGCAUGACCCAUAUGUUCAUGUAUAUGGAAGGGAGCUAACUCAUCUUCGUAUUGCUGCUAUUGUGAUGACUGCUGUUAUAGGAAUCGCCAUCCUUGCAUCUAUAGCCAUAGUCAGACGCAUCCUUAUGGCAACAACGGUUCUCAAGGUUGCUGCAAAGGUUAUAGGAGAAGUUCAAGCUCUAAUGAUAUUUCCAGCUAUACCAUAUGCCAUACUUGCAAUCUUUUACAUGAUCUGGUUAUCCGCAGCAUUACAUUUAUUUAGUUCUGGUGAGGUUCGUCAAAAUAAUUGUGAAUCCAAUUGUUGCGCUUAUGAUCUUGGGUCAAAACGGAUUACUUGUGAACGGUGUUGUGGUUACAGCAUCCAUUAUACUCCUCACAUAGGAAUCGCCAUCCUCUUCCAUUUGUUUGGUGGUUAUUGGGCAACACGUUUCUUCAUAGCAGGUUCAUCCACCGUCAUUGCUGGUUCCGUUGCUUCCUAUUAUUGGGCUCGUGGUGAUACAUCGCCGGAGAUCCCGUUUCUACCAGUUUUUGCGUCAAUGAAGAGACUACUUCGGUACAGCCUGGGUUCUGUAGCUCUUGGCUCUUUGGUUGUAUCAUUUGUGGAGUCAAUCCGUUUUAUACUUGAGUCAAUUCGACGUAAACUCAAAGUUUCCUAUACUACCCCAGAAAAUUGGUUUGGAAAGAUGGUCCAUCAUUCUUCUAGGUGUUGCUUGCAGUGUGUUGAGUGGACUAUCAAAUCUGUGAAUCGUUACGCCUAUAUAAUGAUUGCUAUAACUGGUAAAAGUUUUUCCAAGUCAUCCGCUAUUGCGACAGAGUUGAUUAUGAAUAACAUUCUCAGAAUAGGGAAGGUAAAUGUUGUUGGAGAUGUCAUUUUGUCUCUAGGAAAACUGUGUGUGAGCUUGUCAAGCGCCUUGUUCGGAUUCCUUAUGUUGGAUACUCACAGAUACAAAUCUGCCCACAACAAGAUUUCCUCUCCUUUGUUCCCCGUGUUGGCGUGUUGGUUUUUGGGUUAUGUGGUCGCCACACUGUUCUUCGGUGUAAUUGAGGUGUCAAUAGAUACUAUCAUUCUCUCGUUUUGCCAGGAUGCCGAAGAACAUCAGGGCACUGCGCAGUAUGCACCACCCCUUCUUAUCGAGACUCUCAAUGACCAAAACGAGACCCAAAGACUCACUCAAUGAUAAAAAUGUCGGUUUUCACCAGUCAGGCUUCUCGCGCUCUGAAUGUAGAUGGAAAAGGCUCUUCACGAGCUCAUCAUUUGUAAUAUUUUUGGGUUGAUCACAGGUAUUCUCGGAUGUACAUAUAUUUUCAUUUCUAGCAAAUUUGAUUGUGGCCUAGGUUUUUGAUUAGAGCAAGAUUUUGCUAAAGUUUAUAUUCUAUAGCACUUGUAGCCUGAUGUUGUAAUCCGGAAAAGAGAACUUUCGGAGUCUUAACAUUGUAACAGAUGCUCGUAAGGUUCAGGUUUAUUUCUUCUGGUAUUUGGGCAAAUCUGAAUUACCGUUGUGCAACUUCUUCGUUUUUUACGGGUUGUAAGAACAAUAUGCUUACCAACAUACGGUCCGGCACCUAUGACACCUGCCUCUAAUGUGUAUGUCACUGACAAUACCGGUUGAUCCGACACAACUGAAGCCAUAACUGUCUGAGACAAAUGCAGAUGUGUUCAUAUUGUUUCCUCCCUUCAUACAAUUAAAGACUGAGCUUAUUUUUCCUGUAAUGAAAAGUGAUCUAAAUAUUUGAUUUGGAA